CGACAGCACGGUGGUCCUGAGCUUCAUCCGGAACCGAACCACACGGUUCAAGACGUAUGUGGCGAACCGGCUCGCCUACAUACAUGAUGGUUCAGAGGUGGCCGAGUGGGCGCACGUGCCAUCCAAGUUGAACCCUGCCGAUGUAGGUUCUCGUGGCUGUUAUCCUUCAGGUCUGGGACCGUGGCUGAGGGGACCUGAGUUUUUGGAUGGUGAGGCUGGUGGCUGGCCCUCAGACCCAGCUGUUCACGCUGAGAUCCCUCCGAUUGAGGUGAAGUCCGCUCCAGUGACAGUGGCUCUGGUGUCUGCCGGCACCGGACAGAAGGGUCCAACGGACGCUCUAAUCAGUCAUUUUUCGUCCUUUGACAGACUCAAACGGGCGGUGGCAUGGUAUCGGAGGUUCUUCUGUGUCAUCCGGAAUGGUUCAUUUCGCAGGUGGUGCAUGACCCGCCGAAGGGGGCUUCGGCGGCGUGACCACGUUGGUGAGGCCUCUCUGGUUGUGUCCGACCUGCAUGAGGCAGAGCGUGCGAUCUUGCGGCACGUCCAGCGGGAACUCCCCGAAUUUCCUGGUAGAGACUGUGACGAUGGUCCAACUGAAGUGAGUUCGAGUAGUCCUCUGAGAAAGUUACGGCCGACCAUGCAGAGUGGUCUGCUGGUGGUUGGUGGUAGGCUGUCUCGAUCUGAUUGUGUCUCUGAGAGUGAGAAACACCCGGUGAUUCUCCCCCGGGAUAGUCACGUGACACGAUUGGUGAUCAGAGAGGCUCACCAGAGAGUUGGUCACGGGGGGAGAGACCACACUUUUUGGGACCUGAGACGUAAGUUUUGGGUCAUUGGAGCGGGAACAGAGGUCCGGAGGUUGAUCCGAUCUUGUGUGGUGUGUAGACGGGUAAAUGCCCGUCCCCAGCAUCAACUGAUGGCUGAGCUGCCUCGGGAGCGCGUCUCGGCAGACGCGCCGGCGUUCUCGUCGGUGAUGCUGGAUGUCUUCGGACCAGUGUUGGUCAAGACUGGACGGAUUGAGCGAAAACGGUAUGGACUUAUGUGUGUCUGUACGAUGACACGAGCUGUUCAUGUGGAAAUUCUGAGUUCAUUGAGUUCUGAUUCACUUAUCAAUGCCAUUCGACGCAUCAGUGCUCGAAGAGGCCAGAUCACCCAAAUCCGAAGUGAUAUGGGAACGAACUUGACUGGCGCCGAUCGCGAACUCCGUGAGGCGCUGAGAGAGGUUCGCCAGAGUGAUCUGCAGCGCGCAGCGCUGAAGCAGGGUAUCGAUUGGAGUUUCAACCCUCCCACUGCUUCUCACUACGCUGGUGGUGUCGAAAGACAGAUCCGGACGUUUCGUAAAAUCUGGCGAUCUAUGCCUACUCAGCGCGUGGAUGACGAAACGCUCAGUACCUUGUUCUGUGAAAUCGAGUCGAUCAUGAACAGUCGCCCGUUGACAUACGUGUCGACGGCCUCGGGUCAGGUGGAACCCCUGACGCCGGGUCACCUGUUAUUCCUGAGGGGUUGCGUCGGACCCAUUCCUGGUGAGUUUUCUGAGGCCGACUCACUGCCGCGCCGCCGAUGGCGUCAUGUACAGUAUUUGGCUCAGGAGUUCUGGCACCGCUGGAAGCGGGAGUAUUUGUUAUCACUGCAGACGCGACAGAAGUGGACGCGUACUGCCACGAACCUGGGACCGGGUGAUAUUGUUUUGUUAGUAGAUCAAGAUGUACCUAGAGGUAAGUGGAGGAUGGGAAAGAUAGUUAAAGUUUUUCCCAGCCGGGACGGGCUGGUUCGAAAGGCUCUGGUCAAAACGUCUACGUCGGAAUACCUGAGGCCAAUCCAUAAGAUGGUCCUGAUCAGCACGGAGUCUGAUCUGCGGUAGACGUGCAGUGUCCGCGUCCCAUUGUGGGUAUUGGUUUGAACGGACCUGCAGCUGUAGUGUACGAUAUGUAGGCAAACAUCAGGUGAGUGACUUAUGUAGAAUUCGUGUAGUUAAGUUUUAGUGGGUAAGUGCAGUGUCCCAACGGGAUAAUUGUUAAUUGUUUGCUAGUUGUUAGAUAAGUAAGGCCGUCAGGAUGUUGUUUUGAACUGAUGCAGCUGUUAGCUCGUUAAGUCCGUAAACCACUGAUGGUGAUUUGACUUUGAUCGGGCGCCGUGUUCUGUUAGUUCGGCCGCCCUUGCUCCGGUCGUCCGAAGGGGGGAGUGUUAAUGGCGCCCGCGGUCCGCAUUGAAUCCCUCACCCUUCCUUUGAUGCCACACGUCAGCAGCUCUAGCUGAGUCGGACUUGCACCUCUAGCUGAGUCGGGCGAGUGCCGAUGUGGCAGCUGGCCGCGGUCACGUGACCGAGCGUGACCCUUGUGCGGGCCGAGUAGAGGGCGUUGUUUUGUGCCCGGUGUGCUGAGGGGCGGACGUGUGAGCUGGAGCUGCGCGAAAUGCAGAGUGAGCACCGCGGAGUCGGGCUGCUCGUGAGUCCGGGGAUGUUUGGCGGCCGAGCUGUGGCUGUGGGUUCCCCCGUGACGGACCGUGUGGACGGAGCGAUCUUCGUGAUGAGAUCGACUUGUUGAGCGCCGGAGACGUGAACAGCCGGUAUGUCAAACGUUGCGUCUGAAUUACUGUACGAAGUUGCCCGAAUUGUUAAGUGUUAAUUAAUCGAGUAAAUGAUAGCGCUAAUAGUAAUUUUGGUUCUAGAAUUGCAGCAAUAUUUAUUUCAUGUAAUGUUCAAUGCACGGCUCACAAUAUGUCGUUUUGUUCGGACAUGUCGGUUGUGGACGUGAUUGUGUACUGACCGGUGCAUUGUCUGUGUGUUUGUGUCCGGGCAGUAACGGACAGUUUCGGACUGCCUCGAGAGCUGCAGACGAAUAGAGGUCCAGUUGACGGCACAGCGUUUUUGACUACGAGGGCGCUCGGUUUGGCCCACGGCUGAGG